GUUGUAUCGUCUCCGGCAGCAGCGACAGAGGGUUGGACGCGGAGGUUGACGGGGGAGAUGGAGGUUGACGCCAUGGCAGGCCGUGGUGAGGAGCGCGAACGCGGCGGGCUGACGGAACGGAAAAAGCGAUUGGUGGUGGCAGCUUUGGUGGCAGUGUCCAGGCACGGUGCAAACGACGAAUGGGUUGCAACAGCGGACAGCCAGGCCAUUGUCACGCAGGCGAUGACGGAUUCAGUGUCGGCCAUUGUCUGGGAUGCGCCUUUCCUCAUGGCUAAUGCCAUCUUCGCAGGAGUGCUGCCGAGGGACACGACAAGGUGAUGGGCGUCUGGUGAGACCUUCGACAGUGCAACCUCGUCCUUCGGCAUGGGGAGGUCGUCUGGGAUCAAGGCUGUGAGGGAUGUCACGAGUGCCAUCUUGUCGGCGUACCCUGACAAGAUAUGCAUGCCAACCGGUCGGCGGUUGGUCCAAGUUACGCGCGCGUUCACAGCGAAAGGCUUCCCCAACUGCUACGGCUGCAUGGAUUGCACCCACAUGCGUGCGGAGGCAGGCACGUUGUUCACGGCGGAGACUGUGACCCUGCCUGGCGGGGUGCGGAUGACGGGCUACGUGCUUGGGGACAAUGGGUAUGGCCCCUUGCCAUGGCUGGCGGUGCCUUAUGGCGGAGUGGUGCAGCCUGAUGACGAGGCGUAUUCCGACACGUGCCACAAGACCGCAAGGAACGUCGUCGAGAGAGCGUUUGGGCGGCUGAAGGGCAUGUGGCAUUUGUUCCUCAGGCACCACAAAACGAACAUGGACAACAUGCCCCAGCAGUUCACCGCAGUUUGUAUCAUCCACAACCUGCUCAUUGAGGCAGGUUUCGACUUCGACCAGCGGUUGCUCAUGGAGAGAGACGCGAACGGCAACGAGAUCGAUCUGGGCAUGCAUGAACCGCUGGCCCCGGUGUCGCAAGCGGACGCGAGCGAAGUGGUGAUGGACUUGCGUGCGGCACUAACUCGCCGCAUGCAGCUCCUACGAUAGUUCAUAUGACAAUCGCUUAUCCGGCGUCGUCUCACGGGUGCGGACACGUGUCACUGCGUUUAGGGUUAUAGGACCAUUGACGACGGCAUAAUCGGUAGGGUUGGCGAUUUCAGCGUCGCGCUCGGCACAUGACAGGGGGUUGAACGGGGUCCGUUAGUGCGGGUGGAUUUGGUUGUUGGUUUACAUGUUAUGUAGGAGGUGCAAGUCAAUCCUUUCGUCUAUCGGCGAAGGCAAUCAAUGCUUGCACAUGAA